GUUGUAAUCCCUUCACUACCCCAAUUUUGAUGUUAGUUACAGGGUGGCGCAAAACAAAACUGAAGUCGGUUAUUCAAGAAUAAUGAGAGUGACGACUCCGAAGCCCCUUCUUCGCCCUCCCAACUUUUCCUCCAAAAACAAAUAUAAAAAAAAUGGAAUUAAAAAAAUAAAAAAUUAAAGAAAAUGCUUAUCUUUCUUCUCUUUUUGAUCUUUCCAGAAAUUCAUAAUAUCCCACCCAAAUUAACUAAGGAAAUUAUAAACCCCAAGAAAAGGAUUUUUUUGAAGUUGAAGAAGGAUCAAGAGAGAAAAAUAGAAUUAAAGAUUCACUUACUAUGUAAAACUUUUAAUUCAGACAAUUUCUUAGUUAUUGGUCCUCAGGAUUCUGCCUAUAUCUUUCUUGUUUUGGAUUAUAAUUAGAUUCUUGAUUCAUUAAAUUAGGUGAAAUGUUUUAAUUCAGAUAAAUCCCACAUCAAAUUUCUUUACUUGCUUUUUGGUGAAUCCGAGUUUUGUCUAAUUUUUCAUUUUUGGUUAAAGUUAGAUUCUUGAUUCAAAUUCAGAUAAAUCCUAGGUUAAAAUGUUCAUUUUCUUUUUUGACAAGAGGCUUUUGUUGGAUGGCUUAUAGAUUCUGGUUGGGGAAAAAGGUUGAAAGCUAUUUUCGCCCGAAAAAAUAUAAGGAGGCUCCAUUUAUAGGAGGGCAUUGCCAUCAAACUAUUGUGUGCAUUAGGUGAUUUAAGUUUUAAUUCAGUCAUGGACCUUAAAUAUGGACGUGGAACCUGUAAUCAUUCUCGAACAGAUGCAGUGGUUACCAAAAGUAUAACUGAGGCCAGUUCACCAAUAACCUUUCUCCAGGAUUCUAAACACGAGAGUCAAAGUACAACAGGCCCGGAUUCUAUCUUAAAUGGAACUGUUUCAGGGUCAAGUAAAAGUUCAGAACUUUCCGGUUCCACGUUUUCAUCCUCGUCUGGUUAUUCCUCAGAUGAUUUCAUACUAAUGAAUCCAAAAAUAGCAUCCAACUCUAUCGCAUCAACUGUAGCACCUUCUAAAUUUCCUCCCUAUGCCAAGCCUUUAUCUCAAGAGGACUACAAUGAUUUGAAAGUGAAUACAUCAACAAGUUCCACCUCGCAGGUUUCAGACACCACUGAUGAAUCUUUAUCGCCAACCGUAUCACUUACAAAAUCUCCUUCUAUCCAAGUGAUGGAAAGGCAGGGAGGUUAUGAUCUCAACAGAGUUCCAUCUUCGAUUUUUGGAAGUAAAUCCUCAACACCUAAUGAAUGGAGUGCUGCCUCUGAUGAGUCACUAUUUAGUAUCAACGUCAGUCUUGCGAGGGAUCAUGGAGAUCACUUGAAGUCAGGGGAACUACCCAGGGGUGUGGAAUUGGACAGAUAUGAAGAAAUUAGUAAGUCUGGAAAGCUAAUUAGCUUUAGGCACUCACCAGCUGUAAAAGAAGAACAUACGGAAAAGAGUUCUGAUACAAAAAAGAGUGUGCUUGAUGGAAACAACCUUUUUGUUGGAGGAAGUCGGCAUAAACUAAUUAAGAAAGAACAAGAUUCUGAAGAGGAAAUAAAAUUAAGAGGGAACAAAGACUAUUCAACUGCGAUUGUCCAUUCCGAAGGGAACAGAGGGUUUAGAGACUCCUACAAUGCUAUUCACAUUUCCAAUGGUAAUGAUAAGUCCUUAGCUUUUCCAACAGAAAGAAAGUCCACCGAACCUUUUCGCGAUGUUUAUUACAAAAAAAAGAAGUCCAGAUGGCGAUUGUGCUUCUAUUCCUGUUGUAGCUGCGUCUGUUGCUGCUCUGGAUGGCCAAGCUGUUCCUGUAAGUGCUCAGGUUGCUUCUCUUGUAAGUGGUCAAACUGGAAAUGUUGCUCUUGUAAGUGGUCAAGCUGGAAAUGUUGCUCUUGUCAGUGGUUAAGCCGGAUAUGUUGCUCUUGUAAGUGGUCAAGUUGGAAAUGUUGUUCCUGUAAGUGGUCAAGCUGGAAAUGUUGCUCUUGUAAGUGGUUAAGAUGGUCUUCUUGUUGCCAUAAGUGGUCAAGUAAACAUGGCUUCUGCUGCAAAUGAUGGGACUACUACCUUAAUUGUCCAACCUAUCCCAGCAGAACUGCAGCGACGGAGUCAAAAUUUUCACCAGGGGUUCAUCGUCAACUAUGUAUACUACGUAAAAAAGAUUUUGACCUUUUAUUACAGUGUGAUUUUCGACCGAAGAAGUUCAGAUGAACCCCUUCCACCCCUGUAGCUCCGUCCACGAGCAAGCAAAACUAAGGCAUGGGGUUAUUACAUUUAGUUGAACUAAUAUAUACAUAUAUAACCUUUUUUUUAAAAAAAUGUAUACAUAUAAUAUAGAAUCACACUUGUUCUUAA